AUGAGUAUUGCUGCAGCAAAUGAUACUGAAACAAAUGAUACAAAAGUUUGUAAGGAUGAAGUUGAACCGACACAGAGCGAACUGGCGACACUUGAGCAUGUUUCGGAUCGAUUUCCGUUCACAACUUGGCUUUUGAUCUUCGGUCAAUUAUGCGAACAGUUCGUUUAUUUCGGUACAUACAUCGUAUUUCAAAAUUACAUUCAAUUUCCAAUACCAACCAAUGGGGAAAAACAAGCAGGAGCACUUGGCUAUGGUCGAAAGAUGGCUACAGCCGUGACAAUGUCAUAUUCAUGUCUAUGUAAUCUAUCACCCAUUGCUGCUGCUAUUAUUGCUGAUCAAUUUUGGGGUAGAUAUAAAACAUUAACUGUCGCAUCGUUCGUCUAUUUCGUCGGUCUGAUCAUACUUGUACUGACAAGUAUUCCUGCACUGACGAAGAUAGGAGUUGGAUUUCCUGGAUUGAUAUGUGCGCUGAUUGUGAUUGGACUAGCAGUCGGUGCAUUCAAAUCAAUCAUGGGUCCAUUUAUGGCCGAACAAUACUCCAGAAAAGCACCUGUGAUCAAAGUUGUCAAAGGACAAAGGAAAAUUCUCAGUCCAGAAAUGACCAUCCAAUCCCUUUUCAAUUGGUUCUAUUGGGCAGCUAAUUUCGGGGCAUUUAUUGCGGAAUUAAUUACACCAACAGUUGAAAAAUAUCAUUCAUUCUGGCUUGCCUAUUUUCUUGCAUCGGCCAUCUUCCCAUGUUGCAUCAUCGUGUUAUUCGUUGGUCGUCGUCGAUUUACUCGACAGUCGCCCACGGGUUCAUUGGUUGUUCGUGCAUUUCGUGUGACAUGGAAUGCGCUGGCGAAUCGAUGGAAAUUAGGUAAACAAUCUGCGAAUGAACACCUGCUAGAUUAUGCAAAAGGUCGUCAUGUAUCGAACGAUACUAAAAGGACGACUGAACAAACAAAGAAUGAAUUUAUCGAUGAUCUCAAACAAACGUUUCAUGCAUGUCGAGUAUUCGUCUUUUUCCCACUUUUCUGGAUGUGUUUUAAUCAAGAAGUGACGAAUUUAACAUCACAAGCUGCACAAAUGAAUGUCGGACCUUUACCGAAUGAUCUUCUGCAAACUAUUAAUCCUCUGGUCGUUGUGGUAUUUGUGCCUAUUUUCGAUAAAAUCGUUUAUCCAAUGUUGCGAAAGUGUCAUAUUAAAUUCGGUCCUAUCGAACGUAUCACUUGGGGUUUUAUUGUAACUGCUCUAGGAAUGGCAUGGAUUGCCAUUGUACAACAUUUGAUUUAUUCAACAGCACCGAAUUUUGAUUAUACGGUUCAACCAUGUUCAACUUGCCAGAAAUUUAAUAAUAUAACUGUUGCGUGGCAAAUUCCUGCUCGAUUUCUUAUCGGCAUUGGCGAGAUAUUUGCAGUUAUCAGUGGCAUUGAAUAUGCUUAUGUGAAAGCGCCAACUUCGAUGAAAUCAAUCGUCAUGGCACUGUUCGUUUGUGCAAGAGCGGUUGGAAGUUUACUGAAUGUUGCACUCGUACCAGUGAAUACUGAUCCAAUCAUUAUUUGGAUGUAUGUCUCAUUGGCUAUCGGUACGUUUAUCAUUGGAAUCAUCUUUUACUUGUGUCUUCGAAAUGAUGACAAACAGAUGUUAUUGAAAGGCGCACCAAAACGUGCAGAAUCAACGCUAAGUGUUGCGACAUGA